AUGUACGUGGCUGAAAGUGUGCCUACAGACAACAGCCAAGGCGACUAUAAAAACCUUGAUUCCCUUCCUGAUAUAAUUAAAAAUAUGGCGUCUUCGUCUGGAUGUGGCCUCCCGCCACACAUACUCGACUCAUAUUUUAAUUAUAUCCGGCAAGGUUUUGCCAUUCAGGAAAUGGGCAACAAAGCCAUGGUAAGCAAUUCUGCAGAGCAGAGCCUGGCCCAUGUCCAACUACCAGAAUGGAUUUUAUCCCCGAGAGGUAAGGGUGUCUAGGUUUGGAAAGGGGAAGCCCAGCGGAGUCUACAGGCAAUGCCUAGACCACUCGGGCAACUCCCUAUCGUGAAACUGGGCGUUUACGUCCCAGGACUUGGAAUUUCCCUUAAUGCCGAAAGGUGACCAGAAAUUCCAUUUUUUGGAAUUUCGGAAAGCCAACUCUCGUCAACCCAAGCAGCAGGCCGCAGAAGUCCAUAGCCGCCCACUCAACACCUAGCCGCUAUACGCGGGGAAGGAGUAGACGUGUGCCCUCUUGGCAGUCUUUAUGGCUACUAGGACCGCGCCGCAAAGCAGGUGAACCCCUAGGGGUCCGUGGUGACUGCGUAAUCAAAACGGCAGACGCCUUCUAAUGUUAAUUAAGAUUAAGAUUAAGAUUCCCUUCCUGAUGAAAACGAUCAGCGGCAUAGCAUUGGAAUUUCUCGCUUCAAAAUGACAGAAGAUACUCGCCCAUUAGAAUACACCCCAGAAGAAUUCGUAAAAAUUUGUAAAUCUCAAAUAAAGGUUUCUUCCAGAAAUAAAGCAAUAAAAUCCAAGCUGUAAAUUCUAUAUAGAGGAAUCUCAGACUCCCCAAGGCUUUCUCAGUAUAACUCAGAGAAAUUUAACGAAAUGGCACAACAGCAGCUUGAAGAAUUAAGAAAACAGCGUAUUGAGAUGCCUGUAAACCCAGAAAAUGAAAGGACUGAAACUGAGGUUGUGAUUGACCAAAAUUCGUGUUUUUCUUGGUUUAUUGUAAAAAAUAAAGGCGUCCAAAAUACGAUUCCAGACUAUGAGCUUCAGGAGUGUAAGGUUGUUUUCACAGAAAUGCUGAAUAAGAGCGAAAAAUCGCAUGAAGCAUAUUUUGGGCUAGGAAGGCUUAUGGCACAUGAGGGGAAGUAUGUUGUGGCUAUUCAGCAUAUUAAGAAAGCUUUAUCAAUAAUGCCUCAAGAUACAAUUUAUAAUCUUUGGUAUGCCAAGUUAUAGAAAUAAAUGCAUUAAUAUUGAAUAAAAGCCUUAUUUAAUAGAAAAAACUAGCAUUUUCUGCUUAUUUUAUGAUAUUAGCCUCUCUUAUUAGGCAUACAUAGCUUUGAAUAUGAGACUUCCCAAUGAUCGCCGCUCAGAAAAGCAAGCCCCUCCAAGUCCUUCCUUCUUAGACAGUAACCCAUAAAUAGGUCUAAUUUGCUGUGGAAACCGAGAAAAAGAAGAGCCCAAAAAUGUUUAUAAAGACUCAUAUAAAGUUUUGAGCACAGCUGAAAAACAGCUGGAAGUGCUUUGGGCACUUAUGGAAAUUUCCAUAAAAAAGGUGUUUUCUGUAGAUACUAAUAUUGAUUUACCUAAAUAUUUUGCUUAUCAAAUCAAAGAAAUUGAUGACUAUUAUGGAUAUCUGGCUUGGAGCGAAAUACUAUUUGAAGACGAAAAAGAGUGACAAAAAGGGCUGCAUGUGCUUAAAGAGCUUGUUAAUGGAUACCCUGAUAGACCUGAAGCUUAUAUCAAGCUCUGGCAGCAUUAUUAUUACACUGUAAAGGACUAUGAACAAGCUCUUGAUAUUUCAUUUGAAGGAUUUAUCAGAGUUGCUGACCCUGAGUACACCCACUAUUACACCUUAUUCUGUAUAAAUUACGCUAAAAGCUGCUAUAAAAUGGGAAAACUAAAAAAUGCAAUAGAAAUUUUGCAGCAAAAAUUUAUAGAAAAUCCAAGUUAUCCUAUUUUUUUAUAUCAUUAUGGAAGAAUAUGUACAAAGUCAGAAGAUCUUUCAUUUAAUGGCAGCGCUAUAGGAGCCUUACAAGAAACUUUAAGGCUUUCUGAUAAAUAUCGCUAUGGCUGUAUUUAUUAUUGAUUAUCCAAAGCAUAUAUGUUAAGCCGGCAGCAUAUUGAAGCAUAUCAUGCUAUGAAAGACUCUUUAAAGCACUUAGACCAUUCUGAAAAACGCAAAUCGACUGAGCUUAAAAGAAUGAUCCAAGAAAUGGGUCCAAACAUAGCAGCCUAUGAAGAAAUUGAGCAUGUUUUAAAAAAUAAUUUAGUCAAUGAAAACCAGGAAAAGUGCUUUAGGCUAUGCAAAGAAAUUUCAGUUUACCAAAAAUUGACAGGAGAAGUUUUACAUGCUAAAUUACUGUGGGCUCAAGGGCUUGAAGAAGAUGCUUUAAGGGAGCUUGAAUCUGCAGCAUAUAUGUCUAAUACCAAAAUGCUUGCAUAUUUUCAGCUGCUUAAAUAUUUAGAAAUGAAAAAAGAAUACAAAACUAUGAAAGCUAUAGGACAAGAAAUGAUAUUAAAAUGUAAAAAUUCCCAAGUCCCAGCCCCAGUGUGAAUGAGGGCACAUAUUUUAUUUGCAAAAAUUUUAGUCAAAAAUUCGCAAGUCUCAAAAGCUAUAGUUACCUUAAAAUGCUUGGCAAAGGUAUUCCCUAUACUCCCGUAUAUAGAAAUUCCUUAUACAAAAAAGAAAAAUAAAAAUGGUGAAGUUGUACGGAAAUAUGACUCUGAGGCGCACUCCCUAUGGAGCAGUUCAGAUGCAUCCUUACGAAGCUGAAAGCAGGUCUUCUGUCCCUUUUGAAAUAGGCCUUUAGGUUUGGGAAGCCUUGCCGAAGAGGGAGGUUUAGUUUCUCCAAAGGUCUGAAGGUAUUCCUGUCCCUGCCAGAUGGGCUUGACAGGUUUGCCUACCACAUGGCCUUUCCUGCAGGAGGUGGCACUGCCCUAGAGCUUAUCGCUUAGACAUAUGAUUCAAGUCUAAAUCCAAAAUUGUAACAUUUUGGAGCCAAGAUGUGCGAUGGCUAGUGGAUUUACCCGGUUAUCGCCAGCAUAAUAAUUUAAUUUUUUUAAAUUAUACAAAACGACUUAAAGACUCAGACACUAUCCAAGAUAUAAGUCAAGCUUCUAUAAUCCCUCGAGACUCAGUAGAUUUUUAUAACUUUGGGAGCCCUAGGAACUCAUUUAUGAAUAUCACGAUGCCUAAAAAUAUUGACUCUAUCAAAAAAAUGAAAAUUCCCCAUUCAAACAGAGAAUUUUUAUUUAAAUUUUUAGAAGAAGAGGCAGCUCCACAACCAGAUCCAUCUGUGCCUGCUCAUGGGAGGAAAAAGGUGGCCCACUUUAGUGACGUGAUGAAGACCCACAAAAGCUUUAAAAAAUUCAAUAGUCUGGCAAUAAAAACUGAAGAUGAAGAAAACCUUGAAAGCAUGGAGCCGAUACCUAUUAUGACUCCUACCCCAUCAGGGCCAAAUUCACUAUCAGGAUUUUCCGUUAGCUCUGACCCAACAUUUCUGUAUAAAAUUGGCAAAUAUUCAGCCCAGUAUAGACAAAAUAUUAAUGACGGACUGUGUGCGUUGGAAGACUAUUUAUCGUUAUUAAGAUAUGAGAAAAAAGAAAGUUUCAAAGAAAAUGCUGCGUGCAAAGCACUUUAUUGGAAAAUUAUUUUACUGCAGGAAUCAAACCAAAAUGAGCUGGCCGUAGAAAUUAUUAAUGAAAUAAUACCGCAGCUUGAAAAAAAGAAUUUUAAAGCAAAAUUUGAAAGCCUUCAGAAUAUUAGAGCCAAUUUGAAUAAAUAA